GUGGAGAUCAUGCCUCAACCCUCAGCCCCUCAGCCUGUAUCGGUUAACUAUGAAUGCACAAAGCAAGAGUGAGGACUGCAUAGGAUGGGCGGCAAGAGAUCCAUCUGGAGUUCUAUCACCCUAUACAUUCAGCCGCAGGGUUGUUGGAUAUGAUGAUGUAAAGCUGAAAAUUACACACUGUGGAAUUUGUUAUGCUGAUGUCAUAUGGACCAGGAAUAAGCAUGGUGACUCAAAGUAUCCUUUGGUGCCUGGACAUGAGAUUGUUGGAAUUGUUAGCAAGGUGGGCAACAAUGUCCACCGCUUCAAAGUGGGUGACCAUGUUGGAGUGGGAACGUAUGUAAACUCAUGCAGAGAUUGUGAGUAUUGUGAUGAUGGUCUAGAAAUUCAUUGCUCAAAGGGAGCAACCUUAACUUUUAAUGAUGUCGACGUGGAUGGAACAAUUACAAAAGGUGGAUAUUCUAGUGAUAUUGUGGUCCAUGAAAGGUACUGCUAUAGGAUACCGGAAAACUAUCCAUUAGCUUCAGCAGCACCCUUACUUUGUGCCGGAAUUACAGUGUACACUCCCAUGAUGCGCCAUAAGAUGAAUCAACCUGGCAAAUCUCUUGGUGUGGUUGGUCUUGGUGGCCUUGGACAUAUGGCUGUGAAGUUUGGAAAGGCUUUUGGGUUAAAUGUAACAGUUUUCAGUACAAGUAUUUCCAAAAAGGAAGAAGCUAUGAACAUACUUGGAGCGGACAAAUUUGUGGUAAUAUCUGAUCAAGAGCAAAUCAAGGCCUUGGCGAAAUCCCUUGACUUCAUACUUGACACUGCUUCUGGGGAUCACUCAUUUGAUGUUUGCUUGUCACUCUUGAAGACUGCUGGAGUUCUAGUGGUAGUGGGCUUUCCAAGUGAGAUCAAGUUUCUUCCCGGAAGCCUUAUUCUGGGAAUGAGAACUGUUUCAGGAAGUAUCACAGGUGGUACAAAACAAACACAGGAAAUGAUAGAUUUUUGUGCUACCAACAACAUAUAUCCAGAGAUUGAAGUAGUUCCAAUUCAGUAUGCAAAUGAAGCAAUUGAGAGAGUAAUAAAAAGGGAUGUGAAGUGUCGUUUCGUGAUUGAUAUUGAGAACUCCUUGAAGUGAGACCAUUUAGG